GAUUUACGAUUGAUUAAUUUGGGUUAUAUCGAAAUAAUAUGUUAAGGAAAAAAUAAUAUUAUAUUAUUAUGUGACGUGAAUGACGUGUUAGUCGUUAAUAUACCUAAUAAUAUGCAUUUUACAUUUUUAUGAGAAACAUUUAAAAACGGUAACUAUCUGUGCAGUUUGUGUUUGGUUUCUACUUCAAUAGUUAAAACGUGUUUGGGUAAUUUUUUAAAUACCUAUCGAAGCAUUACAAGAUGAUGAUCAAUAUGCGUUAUCCUGCAGCUGACCGGCCGAAAUGUGACAGACGCCCGAGUGGUAUGAACGCGGCGGCCGACGGUUACGGUUCGUCGUGCAUCAUGUCCAUGAGCUUGGACGGCUGUGGCAAGGAGCAGCUCAAGACGCAGUUCGUCACCAGGGAAGGCGUCUACAAGCUGCUGACGUUGGCCACGUACUCCCGACCGAACCGCAUCGGCUACAACGUGCAGACCAACACUUCCGUGCGGGUGUCGUUUGUCGGCUACUCGUCGUCGGAUACCAACGGCAACAACGACCGCAUGUGCUUCAACAUCGGACGCGAGCUGUACGUUUUCUAUUACAAAGGGACAAAAAAGGGAGCAGAUUUGACUAAGCCCAUAGAUAAAAAAUUAUACAAAGGAAUAAGUCCAACAUGUCAUGACUUCAAUUCAACUGCCACAACUGAAGAUUCACUUCCAUUAAUUGUGGGCUUUUCAACAGGAUUGGUACAGCUAAUUGAUCCUGUUAGAAAAGAUGUUAGCGUAUUAUUUAAUGAAGAGAAAAUCAUUGAUAAAACGAAAGUCACAUGCGUUAAAUGGGUACCAAAUUCAAAACAUUUAUUCCUUGCAUCACAUUCUAGUGGUCAGUUGUAUUUGUAUAACGAAACAUUUACUUGUGGAACAACAACGCCAAGUUAUCAACAAGUUAAAUCUGGUGAAGGUUAUACAGUUCAUACAUGCAAAACAAAAAGUACACGAAAUCCAAUGUACAGAUGGUUAAUUGGCGGCGACUACAACAGUAUCAAUGAGUUUGCAUUUUCUCCAUGUAAUAUUUACUUAGCAGUUGUUUCCCAGGAUGGAUUUCUCAGAGUAUUCCAUUAUGAUAAAAUGGAAUUGAUUGGAAUGGCUCGGAGCUAUUUUGGUGGAUUUUUAUGCGUUUGUUGGUCUCCUGAUAGUCGAUACAUAGUGGUGGGAGGAGAAGAUGAUUUAGUUACAGUCUAUAGUAUUUCUGAGCAUAGAGUCAUAGCUCGUGGUCAAGGACACCAUAGCUGGGUUAGUGUGGUGGCAUUUGAUCCAUAUACGAGUACACCACCGUCUAUGGAAUCUUGUCUACCCGGAUACUACAGACUAGGUUCCGUAGGUCAUGACACUCAAAUGUGCUUAUGGGACAUCACUGACGAUAUAUUACAUCAUGUUACAUUAGUGUCACCACUUCCUGUGACAUCUAAACAAAACGGUGUUAUAAAUAAUGCGAAACACAAUGUCAAUGCUAAUAAUAUACAAAAACAAACUCAAGACCCUAUGAGAUUGAUCGGUACUACUGCUUGUCCACGUUUUGAUCAGUGUCCACGACUCGAACCAUUAAUUUGUAAAAAAAUUGCUCAUGAUCGAUUGACAGCUCUAAUUUUUCGCGAGGAUUGCUUUGUAGCUGCUUGUCAAAAUGGAUAUGUUUACACUUGGGCUCGUCCUGGAACAAUUACAAGCCUCAAUGCACAUUUGGUUUCAGAUCCCAACUCCAUCAUGUCAUCAUUAGAUCUACCUUCAUUAAAUCCUGCAUCUGCAGUCUAAUGAAUAAUUUACUACAAAUAAUAUGAUACUCGUUUAUUCAAAUGAUGAUAAUUUCUAAUGUUCUGUGUUAUAUAACCAUGAAAAGUAAAAAAUUGACAAGCAAAAGGUGAUAAUUAAAAAAAAAAAAUAACAAAUAUAGUUCAAAUGAAUAACUAAUUAUUAUCGUACUUUAGAAUAGUAAUACAAUUUAAAAUAAAAAAUUGAAUUAAAACAAAAACAUAUAGGCUGUGAUCAUUUAUUAAUAUUGUCAGCUAAUCUAAUAAUCUUCUUAUAUCUUAAAUGGUAAUUGUAAAAAUGAAAGAAUAUUUUAUGAGCACCAUAGGUAUAUUUUAUUUUGUAUGUUUUUCUUUGAUCAGAUCUGUUUAAUAUUGUAAUCAGGACUAUUGUUGUCUUGUGUUCAAAUAUAUUGUGUUCAGUCUUAUUUUCUCCCUUCAAAUUGUAUUUGGGUAAUAUUUUUCAUACUUUAAAAGUUUAAUUAUGUACCUUAAUCAAAUGAACAAUAAACAUAAAAAUAAAAUAAACAAUUAUCUUGAUAACAAUAGCACAGUUAAUGGAUUGUUAAAUGGUUCGUUAAUCAUUAUUCAAAGACUGUAUCACCCAAGAAACUAACUAAAAAAUGAAAAAAUAUGAUAAUUACUUAUACUGACAAAGUUUACUAUAUUUUACAUUUUUAUUAUUAACAAACACAAAUACAUUAAUAUAAGUAAAAUUAAAAGAUAGUUAAUCGUAAAUUGAUAUAAUUUUAUUUAAUAAAAAUAACUUUUUCAUUACCAUUGUACGUAAAUAUUAUUUGUACUAGACAAUUUAGACUGAUCCUAAAUAAAACAUGCUAAAAUGUAUAUGUAUAUAUAUAUAUAAGUAUCUUUAUUAGUUUUAUAGUGUAAGAUCAUUUUGAUUGACUGGUAGGUUUAUUAUACAUAAAUGUAUCUGUACAAAAUAUUUUAUAAAACAAGUUUUCAUUUUGUAAUAGUUUAAUUAUUUAUACCAUUAUUAAAUCCAAUUUGAAUUUAUUUUCGUACCACCUUAUUGACUGAGUUAUAUUUGUUUUUCAUAUUAUAUUUCAUUACUGUUACUUUUAAUAUGAUGUCAAUGUUUGUAUAUAAAGAAGGACAUAAAUUAAAAUAAAAUCAUACCUAGAAAUCAGUAAGCAUGCCAAAAUUCUUGGUUAGACAACUUAAACCUUGUAAUCUCUAAAACUACCACUUAUUGCUGGUUUUUUUUUCAUGUUAGAAACGGUUUUUAUAGUAUUGCAUUUUAUUUUUAUUGUACUUAAACAGAAAAUGUUGUCACAUUCCACAAUAUUAUUA